AUGGCGAACGUAAUGGUUACGUCUCAAUGGUUGGUGCGAAUGGUGCGGCGGCGGCCGCUGUGUGUGCGGUACUCCACGAAGAGGAGGACCGCAGAAGCAGCAAGAAUUAAUCCUGUGGGGAUACAGUACUUAGGCGAGUCUUUGCAGAGACAGGUGUUUGGGAGUUGUGGUAGUAGGGACGAGACGGGCCAGAGCGACAAGCUGAUGGAGUUGUCGAAGCAGUCGCUCAAGGACCACGGGUUAUGGGGGAAGAAGACGCUCAUCGCGGAGCCGAUAUCGUUUCCCUUGCCGCCGUUGCAGGGUCAGUCGCUGGACGAGCACUUUCAGAAGAUUGGACAAUUUAAUUCAGAGCCCUACAAGAGUUUUUGCCUGCACAAGUUUACGGAGAUGGUGGCACGACCGGCGGAAUGGCUGCGGAAGCCGGGCUGGGUCAAGUAUGUGCCUGGGGCGGCGCCCGUUGAAGUGGCGUACCCAGACGAGGAGCUGGUGGUGUUUGACGUGGAGACACUGUAUAACAUCUCUCACUAUGCGACGCUGGCCACGGCUCUGUCGUCGACGGCAUGGUACCUCUGGUGCUCGCCGUUCAUAUGCGGCGGUGAUGACCCUGCUGCACUUAUACCCAUGAACACGUUGCACAAGGAGCAGGUCGUCAUUGGCCACAAUGUCUCAUAUGAUAGGGCGCGGGUUCUCGAAGAAUACAACUUCAGGGACUCGAAGGCGUUUUUCCUCGAUACUCAAUCGCUGCAUAUCGCAUCAUUUGGGCUGUGUUCACGACAGCGGCCGAUGUUUAUGAAGAAUAACAAGCGAAAGGAGACAGAAGCGGAGGCGGAAGUGGAAGCAGAAGUGCAAUCGGAAAUCUCCAUCGAGGACUACGACGAUCCCUGGCUGAAUGUGGCUGCUUUAAACUCGCUGAAGGAUGUAGCGAAAUUCCACUGCAAGAUUAAUCUGGAUAAAGCUGAUAGAGAUUUUUUCGCUUCCACAGAUAAAUCAACGGUGAUUGAGAAUUUCCAGAAGCUGGUCAACUACUGUGCCACGGACGUAACGGCCACCAGCAAAGUAUUUGAUAAGAUUUUCCCCGUUUUCUUGAAAAAAUGCCCUCAUCCUGUUUCAUUUGCAGGCUUAAAAUCCUUAAGCAAAUGUAUCUUACCCACAAAGUUGAACGACUGGAACAACUACUUAAACAACUCCGAGUCUUUGUACCAACAGUCGAAAGUCGAGAUAGAAUCCAAGAUUGUCCAAAUUAUCAAAGACAUUGUCCUCUUGAAAGACCAACCCGAUGUGUACCUCAAGGACCCCUGGUUGGCGCAACUGGAUUGGACCGCUAAACCUUUGAGAGUGACCAAGAAGGGUAUUCCCGCAAAGGGGCAGAAAUUGCCUGGCUUCCCCGAAUGGUAUAAACAACUUUUCCCUUCAAAGGACACUCUAGAACCGAAGAUUACCAUCAAAUCGAGAAUAAUCCCGAUUUUGUUCAAAUUAUCUUGGGAAAAUUCCCCCGUGAUAUGGUCGAAGGAGUCUGGAUGGUGCUUCAAAGCGCCACAAGACCAGGAAGAUGCCUUCAAGGCAAAAAAUUAUAUCUUGGCAGAUAGUGUAUCCGAAGAGGAAGAGCAACUAAGAAUGCAGAACCAGGGAUCACCUUCCACGGAUGUUCUUUUCAAAGUACCUCACCCUAAUGGGCCGACCUUCAAUUGUACUAAUCUUUUAACAAAGUCAUACAACCAUUUUUUCGAGAAGGGCGUGCUAAAAUCAGAAUCUGAAUUGGCUCACCAAGCUUUGCAAAUCAAUUCUUCAGGCUCAUAUUGGAUGUCAGCACGGGAGAGAAUCCAAUCCCAGUUUGUGGUUCCCAGUUCCAAAGUACCCAAUGAGUUUCUCUCUUUAUCUGCCAAACCAGCUCCAAGUAGUGAUAAGGCGGAUGACCUUGCCAUAAUUAUACCAAAAAUUGUGCCGAUGGGCACCAUUACCAGAAGAGCUGUGGAAAACACAUGGUUAACCGCAUCUAACGCAAAGGCAAAUAGAAUAGGUUCCGAAUUGAAAACCCAAGUUAAAGCUCCUCCAGGUUAUUGCUUUGUUGGGGCAGAUGUGGAUAGUGAGGAAUUAUGGAUCGCGUCCCUAGUUGGUGACUCUAUUUUCAACGUCCAUGGUGGCACCGCUAUUGGUUGGAUGUGUUUGGAGGGGACGAAAAACGAAGGUACAGAUUUGCAUACAAAGACAGCUCAGAUUCUUGGCUGUUCUCGUAAUGAAGCGAAAAUCUUCAAUUAUGGUAGAAUUUAUGGCGCUGGUGCUAAGUUUGCCAGUCAAUUGCUAAAAAGGUUCAACCCGUCUUUGACUGAUGAAGAGACCAAAAAAAUCGCAAAUAAAUUAUACGAAAAUACAAAAGGUAAAACGAAAAGAUCAAAACUAUUCAAAAAAUUCUGGUAUGGUGGUUCUGAGUCAAUCCUCUUCAACAAAUUGGAAAGUAUUGCGGAGCAAGAAAUCCCGAAAACACCAGUUUUAGGAUGUGGUAUUACAUAUUCACUCAUGAAGAAAAACCUGAGAGCAAAUUCAUUUUUACCUUCAAGAAUCAACUGGGCUAUCCAGUCAUCUGGGGUGGAUUAUCUACAUCUUCUGUGCUGCUCCAUGGAGUAUAUCAUCAAGAAAUACAACCUUGACGCAAGACUCUGUAUUUCCAUCCAUGAUGAAAUCAGAUUUUUAGUAAGCGAAAAGGACAAAUAUAGAGCGGCUAUGGCUUUGCAGAUCAGUAAUAUAUGGACAAGAGCUAUGUUUUGUCAACAAAUGGGAAUAAAUGAAUUACCACAAAACUGCGCCUUUUUCUCGCAAGUUGAUAUUGACUCUGUCAUCCGUAAAGAAGUUGACAUGGACUGCAUUACGCCAUCAAACAAGAUUGCAAUUCCUCAUGGAGAGGCCCUUGAUAUUAAUCAGCUAUUGGCUAAGGCAAAUAGUGAACUGGGCCAGCCAGAUCUCAGCAUCGAUAGCAAGGUGUCACAAUACGCUUACAAAUUUAGAGAACCUGUGUUUGAAGAGUACAACAGGACAUACACUCCAGAAUUUUUGAAAUACUUCCUUGCAAUGCAAGUUCAAUCAGAUAAGCGGAUUGUCAACCAGUUAGAAAAGGAAUACUUGCGUGAGUGUACAUCCAAAGAAUACGCUAGGGAUGGAAACACUGCAGAGUACAGUCUGUCAGACUAUAUACAGGAUGUUGAAAAGGGCAAGCGGACUAAGAUUCGUAUUAUGGGAUCCAAUUUUUUAGAUGGUACCAACAAAGCCAAAAUUAACCGACGAGUUAGACCAUCUGCCAAUAUGCUUGAUUAUACUUCACUCCAUAAAAUUGCUAACGGUUCCGCAGUUUCCCAAGAACAACCCGUGAAGGACCGGGAAACAAAGGAAAGGGCAGCAGUUUCAACUGAAGAAAACAGAAAGAAAUUGACUAAAAAGAAGAAAUCUACACCUAUGGAAAGGAAGUACAAAAGAGUGUAUGGUGGCAGAAAGGCAUUUGAAGCGUUCUAUGAAUGCGCGAACAAACCACUGGACUACACUUUGGAAACAGAAAAGCAAUUCUUCAAUAUUCCAAUAGAUGGGGUCAUUGACGACCUCCUCAAUGACAAACCUGACUACAAAAGGAAACCAAUACGAACAAGAGUAACAACUCACAAGGCUGCAAAGGCAGUGUACUCCAAAAAAUCCCCGGCAAGCAAGCCAACCGCUAAAGAAAGAGGUGUGCUUGAAAUGGGAAAGGACAUUACUAUACUUCAGAAUAUUAGCCAAAAACUGCAUUAG